AUGGCUCGUAAGGAUUAUGCGGCAGAGAAAGAUAAAUGCAAAAGGUUUUUGCAAGAGUUUUACACAGAGGAUGACAAUGGGAAGAAAGUGUUUAAAUAUGGAGCACAGCUGGUGGCUUUGGCUCACCGGGAGCAGGUCUCUCUCUUUAUUGAGCUGGACGAUGUGGCAGAGGAAGACCCUGAGCUGGUGGAGAGUGUGUGUGAGAACACCAAGCGUUACACGGACCUGUUUGCUGACGCUGUCCAUGAGCUGCUGCCAGAAUACAAAGAACGAGAUGUGGUGGCCAAAGACUCUCUGGAUGUGUAUAUAGAGCACAGGUUGAUGAUGGAGCAGAGGGGGCGUGACCCUGCUGACACCAGGAACCCCCGUAACCAGUACCCACCUGAACUCAUGAGGAGAUUCGAACUCUACUUUAAGGCUCCCAGCACUUCUAAGCCGAAGGUAGUGCGCGACAUCCGCGCCGACAGCAUCGGCCACCUGGUCGCAGUUCGAGGAAUCGUGACCCGAGCCACCGAGGUGAAACCAAUGAUGGCUGUGGCUACGUACACCUGUGACCAGUGUGGGGCUGAGACAUACCAACCGAUCCAGUCUCCCUCCUUCAUGCCUCUCAUCAUGUGCCCCAGCCAAGAGUGCGUCACCAACAAGUCUGGAGGACGGCUUUACCUGCAGACCAGAGGCUCCAAAUUUGUCAAGUUUCAGGAGCUGCGAAUCCAGGAGCAUAGUGACCAGGUGCCUGUUGGAAACAUUCCCAGAAGCAUGACGGUGUACGCUCGUGGUGAAAACACACGCCUUGCUCAGCCUGGGGACCAUGUAGCCAUCACUGGGAUCUUCCUGCCUCUGCUGCGUACAGGAUUCAGUCAAGCUGUGCAGGGACUUUUGUCAGAAACCUACCUUGAGGCUCAUAGCAUCACACUCAUGAACAAAACGGAGGAUGAUGAGCUUGAUAAUGAGGAGCUGACUGAAGAGGAGCUUCGCAGUAUCACAGAUGAAGGAUUUUAUGAUAAGCUAGCUGGCUCGAUCGCACCAGAGAUCUAUGGGCACGAGGACGUGAAGAAGGCACUGCUCCUCCUUCUGGUCGGGGGAGUGCAACAAGCACCAAAAGGCAUGAAAAUCAGAGGCAACAUAAAUAUCUGCUUGAUGGGAGAUCCAGGCGUUGCCAAGUCCCAGCUGUUGUCCUACAUCGACCGCCUGGCUCCAAGAAGUCAGUAUACCACGGGUCGGGGGUCGUCCGGCGUCGGUCUCACUGCUGCAGUAAUGAAAGACCCUCUGACCGGAGAAAUGACUUUAGAGGGCGGCGCCUUGGUGCUGGCCGACCUGGGCGUCUGCUGCAUUGACGAAUUUGACAAGAUGGCCGAUGCUGACCGUACAGCCAUCCAUGAGGUCAUGGAGCAGCAGACCAUUUCCAUCGCUAAGGCCGGCAUCAUGACCUCCCUCAACGCUCGCUGCUCUAUCCUGGCCGCUGCCAAUCCCGCCUACGGCCGCUACAACCCGCGGAAGAGCAUCGAGCAGAACAUUCAGCUGCCGGCCGCCCUGCUGUCACGUUUCGAUUUGCUCUGGCUCAUCCAGGACAAACCGGACGCAGACGCCGACCUGCGUCUGGCGCAGCACAUCACCUACGUUCACCAGCACUCCCGCCAGCCGCCCACUCACUUCACCCCCAUCGACAUGAAACUAAUGAGGCGUUACAUCGCUCUGUGUAAGAAGCGCCAGCCCGUCGUACCGGAGUCACUGGCCGAUUACAUCACUGCUGCUUAUGUAGAGAUGAGGAAAGAGGCCCGAGUCAGCAAAGACACCACCUUCACCUCUGCUCGUACCCUGCUCUCCAUCCUACGCCUCGCCACUGCGCUGACCCGACUUCGGAUGAUGGACACAGUGGAGAAAGAAGACGUGAACGAGGCGAUGAGGCUGAUGGAGAUGUCCAAGGAUUCCCUCCAAGCUGACAAGUCCAGCACUGCCAGGACCCAGCGCCCAGCAGACGUAAUCUUCUCUCUGGUGCGUGAGCUCGCCACAGAGGGAGCAGCGGGCCGCGGGGGAUCAGGUGGCGUGGUCCGCAUGGCCGAAGCAGAGCAGCGCUGCGUCUCCCGCGGGUUCACUCCUGCCCAGUUCCAGGAGGCGCUGGAGGAGUACGAGGAGCUGAACGUGUGGCAGAUCAACCAGGCCCGUACCAGGAUCACCUUCGUCUGAACCAUCCUGGAUCCGCCUUCCACCAGGAUCAGCUGUGGUUCCUCCCUCUCCUUUUUGUAACUUAAGUCGGGCAUAACAAGGACUUCCUUUUACUUUCAUGCCUGAGUGUUUCUCUGCUCUUU